UUCUAUUUUACUGAAACACGUCAUCGACGCGACCGAAUUCGAAGCACAUAUGUUUGGCGGAGCCAUCGCUGCUGCGCUGAAUUGACUUCCGCAAUCGAACGCGCCUCCUCUAAGCAGCAGGAUCAGUAUCGCCCGGCGGCCCCGCGUUGUGUUUCGUGCAUCUUGUGUUGCGACGAUGGCGUUUGAAGUGGCGCGCCGCCAGCUGCUGAGCAGCAGUCCGGAAUAACGGCCGGUGUCUCUGCAGACGACAGCCCGAACUCCACCAACGAAAUUGACCGUUUGCUCAAUGAGAUACUGAACGACCCAAAUGUCUUUUCCCUCAUCGAUGCAUCUCCGACCUCUUCCUCUUCUUCGGCGCCUUCUCCGCCGUGCUACUCUCCCAGCCCGCUGCAGCUGGAGCAAGAAGCGCUCGCCGCCCUCGGACGAGUCCAUCGCGACCCGGAAAGAUGUGAUGUCACUCCUGAGACUCCCAGCCCAAGAACUCCGUCCUCGUCCACCGAUGACCACCACGCCUUCUUCCCUCAUUCCCCGCUCUCGCUACCCUCACCGUCCCACCCUCACCCCACCACCCUCCCCAUCUCACACUCCUCCCCCUCCUCCUUGUCUCCCCAUCUCCAUCAAGUACCGUCCGUCCAGCCACAAACUUCGCCAGUUCUGAGAAACGUUGAAGUGUCCAUAAGUUCAAACUUUAGCGACCCUCUCCUGCGAGGCAACGUAGGAAGACUUCUCUCUCUGUUGGACCACGGUCUUGCUAUAGUCUUUCUGUACAACCUGAACCAAGAAGUCCAGGUGCCCAUGAGUUGCGUGGAGUUUGUCAGCCCAAACCCUGGGGAUUUGGUUAGGAUCAUCCAGGGCCCUUUCACUGGGUUUGCGGGCUGGUUGGUAAACUCUUACGGAAAUCACCAUCAUCUCCAACUGAUGAACGGAACUUACGCCUACGUGGCCGCAAACAGCAUUGCAAAACUGGCCAUUGAAAUAGGGACGCCAGUGGCAACACCCACCAGUCCUCACCCUCUCCCUUCCCCCGCCUCUCCCUCCACUCCAACUGCCACCUCUCCCUUUCUCUCUCCCGCGUCACUACCAAACGGACAGUUCCCUGCCUUCCCAUGUCCCACUUCCUAUCCCCCCAGCCCCCCUGCCUAUAUCAACGGGUUCACAACCGUAAUGAGCCCACACCGAGCUACUCCCGCAUACAUCCACGCGCCCUACCCCAGAAAUCUUCGCCGGCCGCUCACCGCCUGUCCCAACGGAGCAAUAAGAACACCUCUGUCGAAUCCGACAAUGUCCGAUCAUUUCCACAGACGGAGGAUGGCUAUCCAGCAGCAAGAUGCCACCGCGGCCCAGCAGCAGCGCCGUCCAACGCUAGCCCUGCGAGGGAAUGCUCUCAACGCCAGUCGAAGUGGUGGAAAGACUGUGCGGGGGGACCACGACUACAGGAGCCUCGUGAAGUACCUGGAGAGACCCACUCAGGAUAUUCUGGAGGAAGUGCGAGGGCGGAAGAUGAUGGAGUAUGACUUUGGCUCCACAGGCGAUGGUGGAGACCUGUCGUCAAACUGUAUUCAAGUACCACUCAUCUGUCCAGCUAAGUCAGAGAAGAAUGACUUUACCGUGCAGAGGUGUACAAUGCAAGCAUCCUCAGUGUUUUGAUGCAGAGGCAUACAUAGAGUACAACAAAUGUGUCGUAAGACCAAAGGAUAAGAAGUGUGCGGCCUACAAGUCAGUGAAGCAGCAGCUCUUCAAGUGUCCACUCUGCACCAAGUACCUGCCCUUCUCACAUCUCCUUGUUGACCAGACUCUACUACAAAUCUUGCAAGACACCGACGAUGACGAAAUAGAAUUCGACAAGACUGGGUCGUGGAAACCAGUGGAGAAAAAAUCUGCAGAUGAUGUCAUAGACCUAACAAUGGAAGACGAAGAUAAUUGUUCACCAUAGGCCAUCAUCUCUUAAUUCCUCCCCAAAUACCAUCUCACACAUAUCUAUACAUGCCAGUUUCGUAUUGUUGAGUUGUGUCAAAUCACUAGAUAGUGAAGAAAACACGUCAAUAAUCACUGGAAAAUGUCACAAAAAUCACACAAAAAAACAAUGUAGUUUUCAGCUGCUGAUGGGAAAAAACAAAGAUUAGAACGAAAAAAAGUGAUGACGCUAGAAUACUGAGUCAAGGAUCGAUGGGAUGCUACUCGAUCAUGCUCUGCUGAUAUUGUCUUGUGGGGUAUAUGGUCAAGUGGCUGACUUAUGUUGCUGAAGGAUGCAGUUGAACACUGCACAUUACUGUUGCCACACCUGCCUGCAGGGAGCGAGAUGUUGAGCAGUGUGUAGCUGCUGCUGCUGGUGACACUUUCCAGGAAACUGGGGUGGUGGGGGAAACUGCAUCCUGUCGUGCAGCAGCAUUUUUGAGAGCAGGGAGCGAUCUGGAGGACAGUCGGCAACGCUAGUGCUGUCCAUUUUUACAUUGCCCAUAACUCCCAAGAUCUUGAGAUGGGAAACAAAGUAGUUUGAGGUUGCUAUCAUAGAUUUCAGAGAUGGUUGGAAGGCACUUGUGUUUCUUUUGAUUGCCACCCCACAUCGACAACCUGAAACCAACACCACGAGCUCACAGUCAGGUUCCAACGAGCGGUAGUAGCCAUCGUCUCCCACGUAUGUCCCGUCCCCGCGCACCACCACCGCGAAUUUCUUGCACCGCAGAAAGAAAAAGUACUGGAAGAGGAUGGCCCGCAUAUUGUCGUAGCUGUCGGCAACGAUGUUCACAAAGUAGUCUCGAGGGAUCCACGGUUCACCCUCGAAAAACACUUUGUGCUUCUUGCGCUCCGCCAUUCCACUUUCAUCAGAAGAAGACGACGGCCGACGACGGGGCCCCAGAAGCCAGCCGCCGCGGAUUUUGCAAACACGUGUGCUACGUACAGCGCAUGCGCGGCGACGGAUUACCAACUAUAGGGUCAAAGGACAAUUGUUAACUCUUUUGUGGCCCUUAGACUAGGAAGUAGGAAGCUGAAUUAGCCAUGGAGUUUGAUUCUGAUGACGAGAUGGAACAGUUCCAGGUGACACAGGACGACCUAAUGCCUCGUAGAAGAAGAAAAAUGACGAAAGAAGACGUGAUCUAUGGGAUGUGGGCGGAGCACGAUUCAGAUGAUGACAGAGGAGGAAGAGGAGGUAAGGAUUACAGCCGUCCCGUGGGGUUUGUGUCUGCUGGGGUCCAUGGAGGGUCAAAGGGAGGCGAGGAAGAGGGAGGCUCAGAAUCAGAAGAAGAGGAGUCGGCGACUGAGCAGUUUCUGAAGGACCUCAUGGUCCAGAGGGAGCAGAAGGUGAUGGAGAAAGGGGGAGAGAAGGUGGGUGUGGGGAAGUUCCAGCAGGCCGGGCUGGAUGAGAACAAGAGCCUGCACAUGAAGACACCCACAACCACAGCAGCGUCUUCGUCAAAUGAAGCUUCCAAGCAACCGCAGAAGCAGAGAAAACAGAGAUAUGCUCCGCAAUCUAUGGAUCGGGAGUUUGGAAGGUGGGAGAAACACAGUAAAGGUUUUGCAACAAAAAUGAUGCAGAAGAUGGGCUGGAGGCCUGGACAAGGUCUUGGGAGAGAAGGAGAGGGUAUCGUGAAUCCAGUGAAGGCAACCAAACACACUGACUUUGGCAAAGGAAUUAAAGUGGUAUCUGGGCAGCCUGUUCCGCUGGCUGAUGCUGAGGCAGUGGACGAAGAAGAGGAGGAGGAGAGAGAGUUUGAGCAACAGUUGAGUCAGUGGAAGAAGACGGAAGUUGGUGGGCAGGCCAAACCAAAAUACAAUGUCAAAACCUUUGAAGAACUGACGAAGUCAAAGCGGUGGAUGUCACUGUCUUCAGAGUCACGAUCCCAUACCGCCAUGAAGGUGAUUGACAGAACGGGACCCAAACCGAGAGAACUGUCCAGCUACGAGGAGAUUUACGAUCGUCCUCUCCAUCCUGAAGAGAAACUGCCUGAAACGAGUGCAGUGUACAUGCCUGAACUGCUGCACAACAUUGAGAGACUGGUUUUAAAGACCGAGGAGGCAAUACUCAGGAACGACAGAACGCUCCGCUACAACGAAGACCUGCUGGUGAACCUCUCACACGAGAGAGAAGGGCUGGAGGAAGAGGUGGACAUCGAGGAGAGACAGAUCAAAACUCUCUCUGAUAUCUUGGAGGCUGUCACUCUGUGUGAGACUCGACUUUCUGCUGGAAGAGGAGGAUUCUCUCUCGGCGAGUGUGAGGAGCUCAUGACUCGUCUGAAGGACAAGUACCCCGAAGAGUACAAGGUCUACGAGCUGUCGUCCCUCGCAGUGGCUGUUGCCUUUCCUCAGAUCAAGGCCGUGUUAGAGACAUGGGACUUGGCGGGAGACCCUGAGAAGCCUGUUCCGGUAUUUGCCAGAUGGCGGCAUCUGCUGAGGGAGACUGAGACCUCCUCUACCGCAAUACCUUCCUCUGACAGCAUGGACCCGUACGACCGCCUGGUGUGGGAUGUCUGGAUGCCAAAGUUCCGCCAUUUCCUCUCCUCCCUCUCUCUCCUGGAGUUCUCCGCCGUCAUUGACCUCCUCGAGAUGUGGAUGCCUCUGCUACCGACCUGGCAGAUGGAGAACAUUCUAGAGCAGAUGGUCCUGCCUCGCCUGCAGCACGGGGUCCAGAACUGGGACCCCACGACCGACACCGUCCCCUUGCACACCUGGGUACACCCUUGGCUACCCCUCAUGGAGAGAAAGUUGGAGCUGCUCUACCCGACCAUCCGUCACAAGCUAGCCAUUGCCCUCAACAACUGGCACCCUUCAGACCUGUCUGCCCACAAGAUUCUGGAGCCCUGGGUCCAGGUGUUUUCUAAGGAGACCAUGGAGGCUUUCGUUGUUCGUCACAUCCUCCCCAAGUUGGCCUACUGCAUCCAGACCAUGGCUAUAAAUCCACACAGCCAGGACAUAAGUCCAUUUGAAUGGGUGAUGACAUGGAGAGAUAUGCUGCCCGCUCACCAAUACGCCUCCAUGCUAGACCAGAACUUAUUCCCAAGAUGGAUGCAGGUCUUAUCCUCGUGGCUGAGUAACAGUCCAAACUAUAACGAAGUCACCAAGUGGUACUCUGGAUGGAAAAGCAUGCUGGACCCUGGGCUACUGAAUGAGCCUUCCAUCAAACGUCGAUUGGGGCAGGCUCUGGACAUGAUGAAUCACGCUGUAUCUGGGACGUUUGUCCCGGGAGUUAGAGAAAACAUGGCUUACUUCACCAGCAACGAACGGAGAUCAACUGCGGUUGGAAGUGAAGCUGUUGGAAGACAGAGGGUUUCGGCAUUGCAGAAUGCCAUCAGUGCACCGGUUUCUGUCAGUUUCAAAGACAUUAUUGAGAAACUGGCAGAGGAGCACGGCAUACUGUUCAUGCCUGUACCUGGACAGAAGAGGUACGAGGGGAAGGCUCUGUACCACUUUGGUCGGGCUACCGUCUACCUCGACAGAGGAGUUGCAUUUGUAUCGAGAGGAGACAGAUGGGCCCCAACGUCACUGGAUGAACUUGUUCAACUUGCUAUAAUAUAGCUGAUUAUUUUCUUUCCUUCACCAAUGCAUUAUUAUUAA